GAACUCUUGCGAUAGCUGUUUGAGCCAAUCAGGAAGGAUUUCUCCUGACGCUUGCGCACGCGCUAACGUGAAGCUAGGCUACAUAACAAGAAGUUAUCAGUCACCAUCACCUCCAAACACCCAAUAAACUCGUCACAAACAAGCCGACGCCGAGGUGAAGACGAGACUCUUUACAAUGGAUAUUGAAGAAAACACCACCGUGUUUUCCACCCUGAAGUCCUUCAAUUCCUUCAUCGGCUGCUCUGGACGUUCGCCCAAGCUACUGGGCUCCUCAGCAGCGGCCAGCACCAACCUGCAGAACCAGUACAAGCGCAGCAUGGAGUUCUUAGAAGCGGCCGAGAAGGUCCAGUCGUGCAGUCGCUACCUGAAGCUGGACCAGGAGAAGAAGCAGAUGGAGCUGAGCCACAAGCGCGUUCGCGUGGAGCUGGAGAAAAGUGCCAGUGACACGGCAUGCAACUUGAAGCAAUUGGAGGAGGAGAACAGUGAAAUGGCGGCGCGGAUCAAGAAGUCGGAGGAGCGUGAGGCGGAGGCCGUCAGGAACUUGGCGCAGCAAGUGGAGUCCAACCGAGAGCUCACCAAGAACCUGGACAGCCUCAGCAAGAAGCUGGAGGAGCGAGACACCAAACUCAGCACCUCUAACCAGACCUUCAUCUGCCUAAAGGAUGAGAUCAGAGAGCUGAAACAGAAGCUUCAAAACCUGGACUCAGUCGUUUCCACUACGAAGUUGGAGAAACAAGCACUGCAGGAGCAGCUAGAUUUACAGCGCAGGAAGUACCAGGAAGUGUCUCAGCUGUGCCAGUCUCUCCAAGCGGCACAGUCAUCCUGCUCAGGGCAUGUCAUCAAGAUCAAGGAGUUGGAAAGAUGUCUGUCUCUCCAAGAACAAGACUUUGCCAUCGUAAAGAGCGUCAAGUCCGAGGCCACCAAAGUGCCCGAUCUAGAGAAGGAGCUCAAGCGCCUACGAGAGGAAAACGUUUUUCUCAGGGAGAGCAGAGAGAACUGUAGCCUGCUGAAAGAAGAGGCGGAGGGCCUGAAGAGGAAGGUGGAGUGCAUGGCCAAGACCAAAGAAGAUUUGGUCAACAUGGAACUGGAGAAGGAGAGGUUGACGGAGAGGGUCAGAGCUUGGGAGAACCUCGGCCAAGCUACUGGAUUUAACAUCAGGAAACCGGAGGAUCUGUCCAGGGAGGUGAUUCAGAUCCAGCAGAGGGAAAUUGCCCUGAAAGAGCAGAACUACACACUCAACAGCCGUAUUCGGAGCGUGGAGCGCUCGCUGUCCGAGCUGCAGGCGGAGAUGUCACAGCAACGCAGCAAAACGCUUGAGGAGCAGAAGAAGCGGGAGGCACAAGAAGUACUCCUGCGUCGGCUGCAAAAGAGGCUCUUGCUACUCACUAAGGAGCGAGACGGCAUGCGCGCCAUCCUGGAGUCGUAUGACAGUGAGCUGGCGCCCAGCGAACACUCGCCGCAGCUUGGUAAACGUCUGAAGGAGGCGGAGGACGUGCUUCUCAAGACGCAGAACCUCAACACGGAGAUGGAGGUGCAGCUCACCAAAGCACAGGAUGAGACAGGCACGCUCAAAUUGCAGCUGCAGACCAUGCAGUUUGACAUGGAGUCUCUGAGGAAGCAGCAGGCGUCAAUGGAUGACAUCACCUCCUCAGUGAGCAAAGAAGAGGUUACCAUGCUCAGGCGGAAAAUUGAAGAGCUGGAGAUGGAGCGGCAGCGUUUGGUGGAACAGAAAGAAACACUGGAGAUGAGACUGGAGAGACACAACCUACAGGGCAACUACGACCCACUCAAGACUCGCGUGCUCAACUUCAAGAUGAACCCCACGGCAGUGGCCAAGCAGCAGCGGCAGCAGGAGACCGAGGCCCUACGGCAAGAAGUGGACCGCCUCCGGGAAGUGGUGCGCAAAGUGCAGGAGGGGGGACGCGGGGCACACGUGGAUGCCGCCCUGCACUCGGCCAACCUCAGUUUGCCACCGCCCAAGGAGGUCCUGGAUUUGCUGAAGCAGAUCGAGCGGUCGGAGCUCAAGAACCAGCGUCUGAAGGAGGUUUUCCAGCAGAAGAUCCAGGAGUUCCGCACUGUCUGCUACAUCCUCACCGGCUACCAGCUGGACAACCCCAUCGAGAACCAGUACCGACUCACCUCCGUCUACGCCGAGCACAUGGAGGACUGCCUGGUAUUCAAAAAGGGUCCCUCAGGAAGCAUGGAGCUGAUGGAAACGGCAUUCUCCAAGACGCUGGGAGAGCUGGUGAACCUGCACCUCCACCACCAGAACAGCAUCCCCGUAUUCACCUCGGCUCUCACCAUCGAUCUCUUCGGACGCCAAACCACUGUCGCCUAACGCCUGCCUGCAGCUUUUUUUUUUUUUUUUUGACGCUUUUCAGUUUCAGUUUUUCUUGUUUUAUUUGUGAUUGUUAAUGCUUCCUAGCGUUGUAAGUGAGAAUAAAUAAACUUGAAAAUGUAA